UUGAUUUCCUUACGAGAUUUUCUCUGUAGUUCCUUUCUUUCGUAACAAUUUUCCCUCUCAAUGAAGAAGAAGAAGAAACCUUCACCGUCCCACCAAUGACACCAACCUUCACUCUCCUCUUCUCCCUCUCCGCCAUUCUCCUCAUAACCGCCGUCACUGCCCUCGGCUCCGCCUCCACCAUCGCCGUCACCUACGCCACCGCCACCGUCUGCGGCAUAGUCGCCGGCGAGCCCAACCACCACAUCCAGUGCUCCCGUAACGGAAAACUUCUCCCUCUCACCCUCCCCAACGUGUCCUUCCAGUCCAUCUCCGGCGGCCGGAGCUUCUUCUGCGGCCUCCGCUCCGGAGGCCGCAGCCUCCACUGCUGGGACACCGCCGUACCCGCGGCGGAGCUCCACCCCAAGAGGGUGUUCCACAGCGACGCGGUGCAGUUGGCUGACGUGGCAGUUGGUGACUCUCAGGUUUGCGCUGUAGAGGUGCAAUCCGGUGCGGUGAGGUGUUGGAGAGGAAGCGGUGGGGUCGAGUUUAGUUCGCCUUCGGAGGGGUUAAGGUUUCGAAGUGUCACGUGUGGUUGUGGUUUUUCGUGUGGGAUAGUGAGAGAGAGUGGUAGGGUUGUGUGUUGGGGUGAUGAGGGUGAGGGUGCAAGUGCAAGUGAGAUUCAAACACAGUUUGAGAAUUUAGCUAUGUCGAGUUUGGUUGCUGGGGUGUCACACGUGUGUGGCUUGACCCUUCACGGUGGUUUGGUUUGUAAAGGGAACAAUGGUUCUGGUCAACUUGGUGGUGGUGGUGUUUUGAGUUCCUUGGAGUUUUCUGGUCUUGCUUUGGGAGAAGAUUUCACGUGUGGUAUUAAGCGUAGGAAUGGGGUCGUUGUGUGUUGGGGUGGUGGUUUUGAUAGUGAUGAUGAUGUAGUAAAAGGUGUUUCCUUUGAGUCACUUGUUGCUGGUUUGGAUUAUGUGUGUGGGUUGACAACUAGGAAUUUGUCACUGCUUUGUUGGGGUGCUAAGGGUAAGUUUCAUGAGGCUAUUGAGAUUCCAUUGGGAGUGAUUCUUCCAGGUCCAUGUGUUGAAGGUGGUUGUGGUUCUUGUGGUACAUAUCCUGAUUCUGAUGUUCUAUGUCAUGGUUCUGGGAGUGUUUGUUACCCUUGUCCAAUUGAGGUUCCACUAGCUGUGCCGUUGCUUCCACCAUCAACUCAAGUUGUUCCAAAACAAGAUGGAGGGAGAGGGUUGAGGGGAAUGUGGGUUAUUUUGGUUGUUGGAUCAGUUGGGGCUUUUGCUGGUUUGUGCAGUGUGCUUUAUUUGCUUUGGGUUGGUUCAAGGAGGUUUUUGUUGAGGAGAGAAGAGUUAGGUAAUAAUAAUUCUGUGCGACCUACAAGCUCAGAGAGUGAUGCCUAUGUGGAUAUAGUUCCCAUGCCUAAUGUUGGUUCUAAUGGGACAACAUAUAGGACUUUUUCUUCUAGCAAAAGGCAGGGUUCAAGAAGAUUGAGGAGGCACAGGAGUGGUUCAUCAUCAAAGCAUUUGGACAGGACUGAGAGUUUCAAGUUGGGUGAACUUGCAACAGCCACUGAAAGUUUCUCACUGAGUAAUAAGAUAGGUUCUGGUAGUUUUGGGAAUGUUUACAAAGGCAUGUUAGGAGAUGGUCGUGAAGUGGCAAUUAAAAGAGGAGACACCAGCACUAUGAAGAAGAAGUUCCAGGAGAAAGACAUUGCUUUUGAUUCUGAAGUGGCAUUGUUGUCCCGGCUUCACCACAAGCAUUUGGUGAGGCUAAUUGGGUUCUGUGAGGAGGAUGAUGAGAGGCUCUUGGUGUAUGAGUACAUGAGCAACGGAUCACUUCAUGACCAUUUGCAUGACAAGAACAAUGUUGAGAGAAGUAGCAGCAUUUUGAAUUCUUGGAAGAUGAGGAUCAAGAUUGCAUUGGAUGCUGCCAGGGGAAUUGAGUACAUCCACAACUAUGCAGUGCCACCAAUUAUCCACAGGGACAUCAAGUCCUCAAACAUACUCUUGGACUCAAACUGGAAUGCUAGAGUUUCUGACUUUGGAUUGUCUCUAAUUUGGCCUGAGACUGAGCAAGAAUUGAUCUCCACCAAAGCAGUUGGAACAGUUGGAUACAUAGACCCUGAGUACUAUGUGUUGAAUGUGCUGACCACAAAGAGUGAUGUGUAUGGCUUAGGAGUGGUGAUGUUGGAGCUUCUCACAGGAAAAAGGGCUGUGUUCAAAACUGAAGAUGGGUCAGGGCCUAUUGGGAUGGUGGAGUACACAAGCCCAAAGAUAGCAUCAGGGGAGCUUUGGAGUGUGUUGGAUGAUAGAGUUGGACAGCCAGAAGUGAAUGAGGUUGAGUCCCUCGAGAUUAUGGCUUACACUGCUAUGCAUUGUGUGAACUUGGAGGGAAAGGAGAGGCCUGAAAUGACUGACAUAGUUGCUAACUUGGAGAGGGCAUUGACCUUCAUUGAGGGCAGUUCUACUAGCCUCUCCAUUGCUUCAUUCUCUGCCCCUCUCGAAUGAAAUCUCAUCCUAUAAUACAUUCAUGAAAUUCUUUAUUUGUUUUUUACUUUCCAGUUUACUUUCUAAUUUUGUAAAGUUAUUCUUUGGGUUAUACAUGUAUGGGACUUUAGUUGACAACAUAAGGAGAAUAUCACAUCUGAGAUAUUGAGAAGGUAAAAGAAAAGCAAAAGGAUUAAUGGUCAAUUUUGAUCCUCUACAAUUUUUGUUGCAACCUCUAAGGUUUUGGGAGUUUUUCAUAAUUGCAUAAUUUUU